ACUUCAUAUUGAAAAAUAUUCAUCACAUUUUUGGACCCAUCGGUUCAAUUUUAAUCUAUCGAAAUGUUAAUCAACAACAACAAAAACAUUCCUUUAAUCUUUCCCUUUCUUCUGUUUCUAUUAUUUUAAUAAAAUUAAAAUUUUCAUAUGAAAAAUGUCUGAACUUAAUGAAAAAUCAAAUUGCAACAAUGAUAAUGAAACAAUUAACAAUGAAACAAAAGAAAAUCAAAAUAUCAUUAUUACAAACAACAAUAACAGCAACAACAACAACAACAUUUCAAGUCGAAACCGAAUCGAAACAAAUGAAAUUUUAAAGAAAUCAAAACAGAUUUCAAGUUCGACAACUUCUUCGUCAAGUACAGAAACGACAACAAUUGAAAACGAAACAGAUACUAUAAGAAGAGUUAUAAUUAAAGAUAAAAAUAAAAUUGAAGACUGUGAUAAAAAUAAUAAAAAUAAUAUAGAAAUAAAAAAAUCAGAAAUUAAUAAAGAAUAUCAAAAAAAUGAAACAAAUAAAUUAAAUAACAGUAAUAAUAUUAAAUUAAAUGAAACAAAUGGUAAUGAAAUAAAAAUAAAUAAGAUCGAUGAAUUAGAAAAGAAAAAUAAUAAAACAAAUAAUAUACAAGGUUUAAUAAAUCCAGUUAAAGUGAAAAUAGUUGAAUUAAAUAGUAUUGAACCAAAUAAAUUUAGUGAAAGAGAGAAAUUUUUAAAUACAACAAAUUUACUUAAUGAUAAUAAUACCAAAGUGAAUGGUGAUUUAAAAAUAUCACCAGCUAAAUCAAUUUUAACAAAUGGUACUGGACCUAGAAAAUCAUCAUUAAAAAAAUCAGUAUCAUUUGAUCCAGAUGAUGAAACAAUAAAAAAAUUUAUUGAAGGUGAAAUAAUUGUUGAUAAAAAGAAUCCAUUUAAGAAUGGUUUCAUUCCAAAUGGUAGUGAUGAUAAACUAAGUGAUACAUUAACAAAACAAAAUAAUAGUAAUAAGAAAUCAGUUUUUAAAUUACGACGAGAUAAAGAUAAAACAAAUAAAUUUUCAAUAUUAAAUUCAACAAGUACAACUUCAACUGAACCAGAAUUCAUAACAACUGAAGAAGUAUUAAAUCAAUCUAAAUAUGUUAAAACCUAUAUUAAAAAUCCAGAUAAAGUUUUUGUUUAUGAUCCAACAAUUUUACAACGUAUAAGAUAUGAAGAUUUAAAAGAAUUAAAAGAUAACGAAAAACCAAAAGAGAAAAAAUCGAAAUUAUCAGCACAAACUCAAUCUAGAUUAAAAGAGCUUCGAAAUAAAUGUAGUUCAGCUGGUGCACCAUUACAAACAAAAUUAUUGAAAACUCCUAGUGCAAAAAUUCCUACAUUUAAAAAAGUCUCUAAAGCUAAUUAUCCAGAUUUAUCUGAUAUCAAAGUUAAAACUGGUACAGAUCUCGAAGAAUCGCUAUUUAGUCCAGAAGAAGUUACAAAGAAUGCAAAGAAAUUUGAUGAACGUAUUAAAACAUUACAUAUUGGUUCAGAUGAUGAUUUAGAAGAAAUUGAUGAACCGCUUACUAAAAGUGAUUCUAGUGAUGAAUUAAAACUAGUUCUUGAUACAACUGAUAAAGUCGAUGGUAUAUCAAGUGAUACAAAAGCAACAUCAAUAACAAAUACUACAACAAAUGAAAAUAAAUCAUUUACAAAUACAGUAAAUUCAAAAGAAUUUCAAGAGUAUUUAGAUAGAAAAGGUUUACAAUUGACGCCACAACGUCAAAUUUUAAUUAAUUCAAGUAAAGUUAUUAAUACGGAUAGUACACCAACCAAUAUUCCUAAAUUGGAAUUAAGUGAAAAAAAAUCAUCAAAUAAGAUACCAAUAUUAGAAACAACCGAAAUGGAUCAGAAAAAGCAAAAGAAACAAUCAGUAUUACAAAGAAUAAAAUCAAGUGGAUUUUUUUCAUCAAAACGAAAAACCACUCCCAAAGAGCCAGUUCCUACACCUGUUUCAUAUCCAAAAGAAAAUGGCCAUAAAACAUCUCUUAAUAAUAAACGUGUUAUAUUAGAACGGCAAAGUUUUCAUGGUAGUUCAGGAAAUAGUUUAAAUUCUUCGAAUGAAUUCAAAAAGCACAUUGAACGUUCCCGCAAAAGUUAUGCGGCAGGUGACGAUCGUUCAAGUUCAAUAUCAAGUGCCUUAACAAAUGCUGAAGAAUUUCCUGAAGAUAUUCAAGCAAAUGAUUCAAAUUUACGUCAACCAGCAUUUAAUAAGGAGCAACAGCAUCGUGGUCCAAGAUCAUCUAGUAGGAGUAGCGACCCUGGAACUGUACAAAUAAAUAGUGGUUCAUCAUCAAAACAACAAAGGUCUCGUUCAACUUCAAGGGAGAGGUUACAAAACUUUCAUUCAUCAAAAUCACAACAUGAGGCUCGUGAAAACUUAGGAAAUAGCUUAGUAAAACCAAAAGUACAACGACCUAGCUUACCAAUAAGUUCUUUAAAACCCCUACCUAUAAAAAGCUUAGAUCGUAAUGAAAAACAAUCUGCAACUCCACUUAAAAGAUCUCUUGAACGGCAAUCGAUGGUACAAAAAAGAGUAACAACACCAAAUCAAGAAGAACCACCAAUGUCUUUUGGUAGAUCAGCUUCUAUGGAUCGGCAUGAAAUUAUUAAACGUAGUGGAGGAAGACAAAGUAGUUCAUUACCGAAGCCAACAAGGCAAAGUGUUAUUUCACAGAAAAGUGUUAGUUCUGUGAAUACUCCAAAAAAUUCUAAAGAAGAUCUUUUGGAUCCUAAAAUAACAUCUACGCCAAUAGAUUCGAAAGAGCAGAAAGAAAUCAAAAUCAUUCAAAAACCUCUAUCACCCAUUCCUGUAAAUACAGGUACCUCUUCAACUGCAAAUACAUCCUACAAUGUGGGUAUCGAAGAGUGGAAUAAAUUAAAAGAAAUAAAAGAAAAAACUGAUAGAGAGCUCUUUAAUAGGGCAGCCCAAACAGUUAGUUCAAAUAAAACACCUAUUAGCAAUGGACCAAUCAAACCAGAAAAUAUUUAUGAAAAGGUCACAAUUCACCAAAAGCAUCAACAAUUUAAUCCAGGAGCGACGCAAGAGCAAUAUUUUUCUCAACAAAUACAACCACAAAUCAGGAAAUCUUUCCAAAAUGAUUUGCAACAACAACCGCUUUACGCUCAAUUAAUUCCUGAAGAUAAUUUCGUCAGAGGUUCACCACAACGCAAUACAUUUAGUGGAGUUCCUUUACGUAAUAGAAAUGCAAAAAUUAUCGAUGGAAAUCCGAUCAACGUUCCAGAGAACCAUAUUAUUCCAAUUAGAGAACCAGAACACAUUCCAAAUGGACCAUAUCCUCCUCGUAGUCAAAGUGUUCUCGAUGAAAUGCUCAGUCCAGGUCAUCAAAAUAAAAUUUUAAAUCAUAGUCCAGGAUACAGCGGCGUAGAGAGCGAUGGUAUGGGCACACCAGUUCGCUUACGCAGAAAAGAAACAUCGUCAACAGGCUCCACAUUGACACGAGAAGAAAUUUUACAAAAAGUUAAAGAAUUUUGUCGUAAAUCAAUGAAUAAAACUCCAACGAAAUUGUCAAUUGCAAAUCAACCUACCCCAAUUACAUCACAUAUUCAUCGUGAAAUGAAUGGCAAAAUACCAUCAGACAUUUCUCCAAUUUCUUACACUUCUGUAGAUUCUCACAGUCGUGGAAAUAUCACUCCACAAAGAAAAGUUCUAGCACCACAAGUACCACAACGUAUACAAAGUCUUCCUCAAACCCAUCAAAUUUCACCUCGCGAAACAACACCAUCAACAUCACCUAUUUAUGCUCACGUAAUUAAACGAAAUAGUAUACAAUCAAAUACAUCCGAUGCCCUUGAUAGUCCAACAAGAUUUCAAAAUGCAGGAGGUAAUGUAAUUUACACGCAACAUAAUGGAACUUUUACAACACAUUCUCCAAAUGGACAAGUGGGUAAUAGACCACGAUUACAAACGCAAACCAGUGAAACUGAUUCCGUUUUCUUACCAAACGGUCAUAUACCAAACCAACCGCAACAAAUUUACAUACAACAGCAACCACAAGCAACAGCAACGACUAGAACUUCAUCAAGUCAGUUUAUAAUUAUGGAAAGUGACAAAAUUACACCAAGCCAAGUUGUGAAAUUCAGAAAUUCACCUGUAUCUCCGUUAGUUACUGCAACAGGUAAUUCUAAUAACGAUGUAUAUGGUCAAAUAUUACCACCAAGCCCAUAUGGUUAUAUUCAUUUAAAACCAACACCACCAGGACCACCACAAUUACAUAUGAGAUCUUCUCGAAUGGAUGGUCGAUCUACACCACUAAUAUUAGAACGUUCUGUAAAUGGUCCUUAUCAAGGAAGCCAAAUAUAUUGGACACCAAUGCAACAUAGUCCAAGACCUUUGCAUCACAGUCCUGUACCAAGAUAUUCUCAACUUAACCAUCAUCCGCAACAACAACAACCACGUCAACAAUUUUCACCAAAUUCUUCAGUUCAAAGAACAAAUCAAUUACAACAGCAACAAUCACAAGCACAGUCACAACCAACACAACGACAGCACUAUGCUCAACCGCAACAAACGGGCAGUGUUGUAUUCUUAAAAGUAAAAGAUCAAAUUUAUAGGCCAAUUAAUCCAGCUCGUGCAAAUCUUUCUUGUAAUACCAAUCAAUAUCAACAACAACCACAAGUUCAGCAACAAUCAAUGCAAUCACCAUCAUCACUGUCAUGCCAACAGCAGCAACAACAGCAACAUCAAAAUCAAAUGACAUUACAAAUGGGAAAACCACGUGCUUUUUUAUAUGAAAGUGAAAGUGGAUCUGAAGCAGGAGAAGUACAGAGAAUUAUGCAAAACAGAAAAAAUGAAGAAGACUGGCAAAAUGACAAAAGUGGAAGAAAUCAAUCAAACGAUCAAGCCAGUGACGAUAGGAGACGUGCUGCACGUCGUGAAGAUCCAAGACGUCAUACAUUGGGUGCUGAUAUGUUACAAUAUGGUGGAGGUGGUAUGCCUGGUGGUGGUGUUAUUAUGCAACAAGCUGGUCAACAACAGCAACAGAGAGCAAUGGAUUUGGAGAUGGGAACACGAGCACAGAAAUCUAAAAAGGGCCAAAAUGUACGUGGCUAUACACCAAUCAAUCAAGGACCUUUAUUUGAUGAAGAUCCUGGGAUUAUGUCAGAAGUGGAAACAGCUAGUACAGGUUUUAGGCGAGGUAAUAAACAAAGAUCAUCAUUACCAGUUGUAAGAACACCAUCGAAAACAUUAGAAAGGCCUCUUGGUUUAGUAUUUUUACAAUACCGUUCCGAAACAAAGAGGGCACUAUUACCAAAUGAAAUAACAUCAAUAGAUACUGUUCGAGCAUUAUUUGUACGUUCAUUUCCACGUCAACUAACAAUGGCCUAUUUGGAAGGACCUAAUGUUAAAAUUUAUAUACAUGAUGCUAGUAAAGAUAUGUUUUAUGAAUUAGAAGAUGUUAGAUCACAUUUACGUGAAAUACGUGAUCGUUCUGUAUUACGUUUAUUUGAAUCAAAUGAAGUUGCAGCACCACAAGUAUUACCAGGUGGUCCUGGUAUACCACAACCAUUACCACAGCCACAACAAGGGCAUUGGGAUCAAGAUCAGAGUUAUUUUAGUGAACCUGAAUUUGACUCUGAAUAUCAACAUCAACAUAUCCAUAAAUCAAAGGGUGGUAAAACAGCACCAUAUUAUGUUGGAGCAGCUCAAACAUUACCCCGUGGCAUGUAUUCGGAUAGAAAUAAAAAUGCUGUCGGAGCUCCAGCGAAACCAUUGAGAUCAUAUGGCUCAAGGGGUAGCAUGGGACCUCCAUUCCCUUAUCCUCCGGAUCAGCUUUACAGUAUCCCAGCAGAUGGAUAUACAAGUUCACCUGAAAGAGGUACACGUGGUGCUUAUGAAGAGCCUUAUUAUAGUCAAUAUGGUACUAGAGGUGCUCCAAUUGCUCCAAUUAUAACAGAAGAGCAAAGAUGUGAUGGUGCAAUGACAGAAGAUGAAUAUGCUUUAUAUGGUAUGAAAGUGAGUGGUCGUAUCCCUAGAAAUCCAAAUCAACUUUAUGAUCCUACUAGACCUGAAGACUUACAUAGAAUUAGAGUAGAGCAUAUGGAAAGGCAAUUAGCAAAUUUAACUGGUUUAGUUCAAAAAGCAUUGGUUAAUCAAAAUCCACAAAUAAUUGCUCAUCCAGCUGGUGUUAUAAAUCCAAAUUUUCUAGGUGUGCCAGGACAAUGUCGAGUAGGUCUUGAUGAUAUGGAUGGUCAUUCAAGUGGUAGUUCUACAUCGAUACAAGCUAAUGGAACCGGAGAAGAACUGUAUAUUAGAGAAAAACCACCAAAACUAGGAAAAAGCAUGAGUCAUAAAUCUGUGUCGUUUGAAAAAUCAGUUUCGUUUAGUGAUGAUAUACAAGGUGUGCCAAAAUCUCAUAGCCCGCAACAUGCUGCCGAUUCGAAACCACCAAAACCAGCAAUAAAGUCAUCAACUCUUCCUCGUACUUCAUCCCAAGCAGAAAGAGAUCGUUUAAAACCACCACCACCUCCAAAACCAUUGGCCCUGGCACAAACACAUCCAAAUUACAGGCCUGAUAUAGCAUUAGCACCCGAAGUUUAUAAUCAUUUAAGAGGAUUACAAAAGAAAGCUAAAGAUUUAAGAAUGGAAGUUAGAACAUUACGUAGAUUAUCACAAGCACAAGCAGUUGCUGUUAGAGAAGAUAUUAAAGAUGCAUUUAUGAGAAUUCGUGCAACAUUAUUAGCUGGUAGCGGUAAUUUUUGGGGACAAGGUGAUCAAGAAAAAACUAGAAUAUCACGUGAAGAAGAAUUAUAUAAACAAGAAGUAAUACGCUUGGAAAAUGAUUUAAGUGAUUUAGAGGCAUCAGUUGAAGGAUUACGUGGUGAAGUGAUUAAUAGGAGAACAAGAGUUAAUAUGGCAGCUGUUGAAGAUAUGGCAUUAGUAUUGAGCAGAGCAAGUAAAACUGUUGCUGAACUUAAAAUGAAAUUCCCUGCAUUACAAAAUGGAUUAAGAAAUAUUUUAUCAAAUGAAAUGGAAAAGGUUGUAAGAGAAGAAAAAUUCCUUAAAGAGGAACCAGAUCGUUUAGAAUCGGCAUUAAGACGUUGUAAAAAAUUGACUGGUACUUUAGUUACAUUGAAGAGAUUGGCAAGUGUACAAGAACAGCGUAUACCCGUUAAUGAACCGGUAACAGAAGAUCCACCUAGAUCAUCUGAAAUCUCUUCAACGAAUAAGCCAGUCCCAAGUCCCCGGAUGGGGACGAUCACUGUCAGCGGGGGAGUCCCACCCGAAAACGCACUCGAUGCUUUGUUAGAUGAAUUGCAAACAUUUGCAAAACCUCAAAAUAUUCAAAAUGAAGUACGUCCUGACGAUUCUACUUCUGAUGACAGUUCACAAACAUUACAUAACACAAUUACAACACAAUUAUCACAAUCCAGCUUAUACACAGCAGAAAUAAAUCAAAACAAUUGUAAUCCAAAUACAUUAUUACAACCAAAUCCAAAUGGUCCAAUGGGUAGCUUAAGGCGUUUACAUUCAUAUCCAAGUGGUUCAGAUACAGACACAAGUCCACCACAACCAAUACGACCAGUUGGUAAGCCACCAGUUCCUGAACGUAAUGCUGAAUUAUUAACAAAAGUUGGUAGUAAAAGAAUACCACCACCCCCACCACCAAGAACAAGUUCACGAAGUCCUUUGGCAAGUCCAACUAGCCCAAAUGUUCCUCAACGUUUACCAUCUGUUAAUGAAACAGAACAAAUUGGUAAUGGUAACAGUAAUUUAACUGGAUUACAGGAUGGAAAUGAAUCAAGUGGAAAUGAAUCAGGUAAUGAUCAUGUUCAAAGACAAUUGGCUUUAGAAAUGCGCCAUCAAGAAUUAUUAAAAAAACAAAAGAUGUUACAGGAACAAUAUGCCCGAUUACAACAAAUGAGUAAAAAUGCUGUUGCAUUACAAUCAACUGAUAUUAUGCAAUUAAAAAAAACUGGCAGUGAAUCAAAUCUACCUCAAAAAAUGGGUCUCAAUAUGUCAGUUACAGGUUCAAUGAAAAAUCUAAAUUCUGAAUUAAAUAAUGUUAAUGAAAAAAAUGAAAAAAAUUUAGCCAAUUCAAAUAAUAUUAAUGAGGAGCAACACAAUAUUGGUAAUAACAGUAUAGGUGGAGUCAAUGAAGAUAAUGUAAAGCAGAUAAAUUCAAAUAAUACAACAGCACAACAACAGCCACAACAAACAACCACUAAUAAGAUUUAUGAAACGGAUAUACUAUAACGCCAAGAUAAAUCGGCAUGGAGUGAAACAAACAUAGAUUAAAAUACAAGUCAAUAUACCUUAUAUACCCAUUUUCAUUUUAAAUAAAUUUUCUUUUUAACUUGAAGAGAGGACAUUAUUUGAAAUAAAAUAUAUUUACCAAAAAAAAAGGAUGUUUCCAAAAUUAUAUUUUAUAAGAAAUUAAAUUUAAUAAAUACGCAAAGCGCAUGAAAUUUAAAAAAAAAAAAAAAAAAACAAAUUAAUACUUGGCAUAUUUCAGAUUAGUUAACCAAUAUUAGCAUAUAGACAAUGCAUGAUCAAGGUGUAAAAUAAACCUUGAAUAUGAUAACUAAUAUCAAUAUGUUCACUUAUAUUUGGUACAAAUUUCCAGUUUCCUAAAUAUUGUUAUUGUAACGUGCUUUACAAAAACAUUACUUUCCACUAAAAUUCAAAAUGUCCUCACUUUAAGUUGGAAAAGGUAUAUACAUACGCUAUUAUGAUUUUUUGUUAUAAAAAAUAUUAUUAUAAUACAAAAUAAUAUAAAUGAUAUAAAACAUUACCUACAUAAAUUACAUAUUUAAAAUUUCAAUAGAAAAAUAAUUUUUCAAUAUAAACGAAAGCAAACCAAUUUUUACAUGUUUUCUGUAAUUAAAUAAAAAUCAAGUAUAAAAAAAAUAUUGUAAAAUAUUAUAUAAUUAAACGAUAAUAUAACAAUAAUGUUAAAUUACAAAAAAAAUAAAUGGAAAAUUAAAUACGCGUAUCGUUUAUCUCGAUGCUAUAUGAUUUUCAGCAUCCGAUCAGCAUAAAUAUUGCAUAAGUUUUGUUGAAAAGCAAUAUAAUUAACUAAUUUUCAACAGAAAAAAAUGUAAAUGCAAUAUAUUAUGCUCAAAAAAUAGCUAAAUAUUAAAAAAUUUAAUAAAAAUUUUUGCUUUAAUAUCAAACGAAAUUAUAUAUAUAUGUAUGUAUAUUUACAGUAAAAUACAUUACAAACAUAAUUAUAUUACAAUUGCCAAAAAAAUAAGUAAAAUGUGUUUUGGAUAACAAAAAAUAUAAUUGUUUAAAAAAUUCAAAUAAAUAGAAAACUAGCUGUUGUUGGACCUUAACAUGUAAUU